AUGUCUGAUGAUCCGCAAUUAGACCUUUUGAACCACAAGCUGCAACUUCAGCAGGUUCGUUUCAAGUGCCUUAUGUUUCUUUAUGUUCAGGUCGAAGCAGCUCUCGAGCUAGAUCCAGAAAACGGGGAACUUCUCCAGCUCAAACGAGAUCUCGAGGAAGUCAUCAAACUCUCACUUGAAUUAUUGGGCAGAACAUCUGAUACACCAGAAGUAUCGUGGAAUGUUGGCGAUCAGUGCAUGGCCAUGUGCUCCCGUGAUAAACUUUACUACCGAGCUACAAUACUUGAAUUUCUUGGGGAUGUAAGCUGCGUCGUUAAUUUCGAUAUGUACGAUACAACGGACGUAUGCCAGCUGUGUCACUUAAAGCCGGUCACGACAGUUACUCCUAUUGUGAAAAAGAAAAAACAUGACACGAAAUCUCGUGCUAUAGAAAAGAAGAAGAUUAAAAAACAACGUCUUCUUCAAAGGGAAGUAGAGAUUGAGUCGUUUUGCGAAAAGGAGAAAAACCGUUGGCUUAAUUUCAGCAAGAAAAUGAUCAAAACUGGGAAGACAAAGAAAAGUAUCUUCGCCUCUCCUGAAGCCCUGGACGGUCGUGUGGGUGUUGGGACGUGUGGUAUAGGUGGCAAGCCAAUGACCAAGUUUACCGUGUUAAAUAACAGCAGCAAAAAACAGUAAAUAUUUCUCUU